UGAUGCUCCACAUGUGUCUCUGGCCACAGAAACAGGCCUCAGUGGCGGCGGAGAACAGCGUCAUCUGCAGCUUCCUGCACUACAUGGAGAAGGGUGGGAAAGGAUGGCACAAGGCAUGGUUCGUGGUCCCUGAGAAUGAACCCUUGGUGCUGUACAUCUAUGGAGCCCCUCAGGAUGUGAAAGCCCAGCGCAGCCUGUCCCUCAUUGGCUUUGAGGUGGGGCCUCCCGAGGCAGGGGAGAGGCCUGACCGAAGGCACGUCUUUAAAAUCAACCAGAGCCACCUGAGCUGGUACUUCAGCCCUGAGACAGAGGAGCUACAGUGGCGCUGGAUGGCCGUGCUCGGCCGGGCUGGCCAUGGGGACACGUUCUGCCCAGGGCCCACACUGUCUGAGGACAGGGAAGCAGAGGAGGCACCAGUGGCGGCGUCAGGAGCCACUCCUGAACCCCUGGAAGCCCCCCAUCCCUGA